CCAAGAGCGAUUUAUUGUUGACAUUGACAGCAACAUGGAGACCAGUUUCCGCUUGUGUAGUUGUAGGUGAUGUGAACAUGUAAGAAUACCGUUUCAAUGGUGGUGUCAUGAGGUGACAGGUGAUUGAGGAAGUUUAUCCAUUUUUCGAAGAUAACCAAGUGCCAAGAUGUCUAUGAAGACGAGGAUACGCGGGUUCACCGCAUGGGUGAAUCUGCGGCUCAAGCAUACAGACCUCAUCCUUAACAAUGUCUUAAUGGACUUGCUCACUGGGACGAACAUCAAAGUGCUCAUUGAAAGUAUAACUGGACGAGACUUGAAGAAACUACAGAGUUUUGAUGGCCUUACUCAACAACAGAAGAUAACUCGUGUUGAGUGGAUUGUUGCUGAACUUAGAAAAUGUGACAUUAUUCCUGAAGACAUCUAUGUGGAUACCCGGAUGUUUGCUAUGAGAAGUGCUGAUCAUAUAUUUGAUCUCCUAUGGAGACUAAUCAGCCAUGACAUCUGGUUUGUGUGGGAGCGAGCAGAAUACCUCCAACACAGAGACGAUGAAGUGUUAUGUCAGGUUCCAUUCAAGUGGGUACCAGCGCCACCUCCUCCUAAGAAAAAGACCAAGAAAGCCAAAAAGUCACUGCUCUCUGGAUUUGGUGCUUCAGGUGUCGUUUAUGAGGACAUCGAUGAUGGGCCGCCUGAUCAAAUGGAUUCGUACGACCCAUUCCCGGGAGCAGACGUAUGCAAAUCUUACAAGUCAAAGAAGAGGAACAUUGCAUUGCCGCCUGCUCCUGAUGACUGUAUUAUUGAGAUGGUGAACGCUCAAUUGAGGAUGACUAAAGAAGGGAAAAAGCUCAAUCUUGUGAGCAUUGAUGAGUUGGUUGAUAGCCGUGUUCUGUGUUCUCUUAUUAACUCUCUUAUACCCAACACAUUCACAACAGAGGUCCUACUCAAUGACAGGUGGACCAUCAAUCUAGUUUUACGAGCCUUUGAGAAGAUGAUGUAUGCCGACAACCCAUUUGAUUCGGAGGAUCUCGUCGAGGCCGAUCCCAUGUCUGUGUGUGCUUACUUUUGUUUCUUCUUUAUGGUCGGCUACAAGUACAGGCAGAGCAGGGCGGUGGUUGACAGAUAUGAUUGGCUGAAUCGGCUGGACCGUGAAGCUAACCAUGAACUGGACCAUUUAGAUCUAGAAUCUCAGCCGAGUCACCUAAAACGCAAAAAGGAGCUAGACCAACUCAAAGAUGAAUACAGAGAUGGCAUACUGGAACUGGAGAAGAAGUUUGACAUCCGGUUCUGUCAGGACUGGAUGAGCCAUAUUGUCGUUGUACAGAAAGAGACUCACAAGUUAAUUCGGGAGAAAAUCAAGGAAAAGUUUGAUAUCCUGAAAGUUCCACGGAAUAUCACCAUCAAUGAUAUCUGUCUCUCCAUGGUCAUCAACCUGAGUUUAACAAAUGGUUCUGGAUUCUACCACGUCACACAAAAGGAGCAAGUUAGUGAUGCCAGGAGAAUCAUCCUCAGGCACAAAGCCAGUGGUGAAUUCAUCGAUGAUUUUACGGCAAAGAACAAAGAGCCUAUCCGACGCUUACUACGUCUUCCAGCCUACGAUGUAGUUGAGUUGAAUGCUGAAAACUAUCCACAAUAUGAUAUAUAUGUCGAGGCCGCAUCCAGGAACAAAUCCCUCAAGUCUGGCACGGAGUUCCUCUACCAAGUAUUCCCUGGCAACAUGUUUACAUGGCAACGUCUGUUCAUCAGAGCAGCGCGUGACAACGAGUUUGAAUCGGUGCAGAAACUUGUUGUGUUCUUUCGAACGAAUGCGUCUUUCAUCAAUUGCCGUGAACACCCAUCGGGAAACACUGCUCUGCAUUGGGCAGCUAGGAUGGGACAUUAUCACAUUGUCCAGUUCCUGCUAGAAAAUGGUGCGCAGGUCGAUGCAAAAAACAACUUCCGUUACACACCACUUUUCUCUGCCAUUGAAGGUAUGCAGAGAAGUGUUGCUCAUCUUCUCAUAGAAUGGGGCUGUGACGUCCACAUCAAAAGUAUUCGGGGGACCGCACCAUUGGAGGCCAUCAAAAAUGAUGAAUUUCGACAUCAUCUCACCAGCGUUUAUGAGCACUACACUCAAGUGGUACCAAAGGUUAUGGAAGGUGACACAGAGUUAUUAGCCAAGCUAGUCCGUGACCACGUCUUGGGAGUCCAAGAGUUCUCCAAUUUGAGAAGCAGAUGCGUAAAUGGAUCAACGCUAUUGCAUACUUCUGCUUAUUUUGGCGCUGUGAAAGUCGUUGAAGAUCUGUUGCAGUUGAGAGUUGAUGUGAACUUACAGGAUUACAAGGGUGCCACCCCUCUUCAUAGGGCCAAGGAUGUUGAGACUAUAAAGCUUCUCCUUGAUGCAGGUGGCCUAGUGAACUCGGAAGACCACGAGGGAAACAUGCCUCUACAUGUGAAAUGCUACGGCGAAAUGGACAAAUCUUCAGAGACGGAAUGCAUCAAGUUACUUCUUGAGAACAAGGCAAACAUUACUGCUAGAAAUCAUAGGUCGUUGAUGCCGAUCCAUUGUGCCGCCAUGCAAGGUCGCGAUGAUGUCAUAAAACUGCUCGUUCACCACGACACUGAUGGAAAAAUCAAGGCAGCGUUAGAGGAGGAGAAACUCAGUACGCCACCUAGUCUUGUGCAUCUGGCCAUUGCCAAUGACUUCUUGGACUGUGCAACAUGGUUGCUUGACAAUGACAUCAACUUCAAGGAUAGUGAACAAGACAUUCUUCUACAGAGGAUCCUCACGGAGCAGAUCAAAGUCAAGAGGAGGACAGAUGUUGUGCGCUUUCUCCUUGAUCACGGCGCCAACCCUAGCCCAAGAUAUGUGGGAGGAAAUACUGCACUUCACUAUGCUGCUAGCAUGGUUGGUUCCACAGAUGUCCUAGAACUCCUCAUUGAAUAUGGAGCAGACAUUGAUGACAUUAACGAUGACCAAUGUACACCGCUGUUCUUUGCAACACAGUGCAACAAUCAGUUCGCUGCGAAUAUUCUCAUCGACUAUGGAGCAAAUGUUCGCUGUAAGAAUGUUCAAGGUCUGACAGCAUUUGACUGUAUUCUGGACUUUGAUGAGUGGAUUGAGUGUGGUUAUUUCUCAGAGGAAAUCAAGGCGAGACUAAAAGCCUACAGUCUCAAGCAUUCCCGCGAUCUUAUUCGCGCUAUCUCAAAGAAGGUCAAGGGCAACCCGUUCUUCCUCGGGCAUGUCAGCCUCCCAGAUCACCACACCACCUACCAUGGACUUCCGAACACCACACCCUUACAUCGUCGGAUCAGAACCGGGCGGUCAAUGCAGAGCAGGUUCUCAGUUAUUACACCCAGAUCCGAGACAAGAACAGCAGUGUCCUUACCCCCACUCAAACAACAGUAUGUGAUAAACUGAAACAAAUGCGUGAAUCACACUUAUUUAUUAGUCCAUGACACAAGAACGGUUCGAGUUAUUAGGGACCCGGACAGAUACUAAAAAGAAGCAAUUGAGCUGGUUUUGGUGGGUCGAUCUGUUUCACAUAUGCCUAUUACUCAUAAUAAAGGGCUGUGACAAAAUAUUGGGGGAACUAGAAAAUUGCACAAAUUGCAUAAUGUGUAUUUGAACUUCUGCAUCGUAGAAAGUGGUAGGUCACUGUGUGAGAUAUGGUAGGACUGUUGCCCAGUUUGAUUUUCUGAUUCAGAAAGGAUGAAUUAUUUUAUAAAAUCUAUGAUUAUAAUUUAUAACUGUUACUGUAUACAAAUGUUUAGAAAACAUUUUGAAUGAAAAUUUAUACUUUUAUCAUAUUGCCAAAAUAUCUAUGAUCAUUUCUCUACAAUACUUUAUGCAUAUCCAUUUCAUAGUGUAAAUAGGUUGACAUCCUAAAUAAUAUUACAUCAAGACAUGAUGCCUUUAUAAACCAAUUUAUGCUAGAUUACUAGCCCUGAUUACUAGUUAAUGAGAUUAAUAUGUUUGAAUAUAUUCAAUUUUCAAACCCAAAUCUUGCCAAAUGUUAAAUCUGUAGACCUUUUACAACUGAUACUCACUGAGUUCAUUCAGAUUGCCAAAUACUCAUUUUUAUAGCCGACAGAGAAAAUAGUACAUUGUACCUUGUACUGUAAACCCAUUUAUUUUCAUUAGCCUAAUAUUUUGGCAGAAGGGGGCCAAAACAUGAACAUGGUGGAGCAAAAAAAUCAUGCGAAUUCGAACUUUGUGCAGAAAGGUUUAGGUUUAAGAUUUAGAUUUAAGAUUGAGCCAGUUUAGUAGUUACAACGUCGAUACUGAUAGUGGUAAUUGAAGUCAUGGUUAACUGCAAAUAGCAGAGCGAAGGCAUGGUGCGGUUAGCCACAAUUAUCUGGUCGGGUUAAGUGUCAAAAUAUUGAUAUCAUGUUAACGAUAUUCUUAUUGUCAGAUACAGCUUUUUGUGGUGUAAAUUUGUGAAUGGUUCCGAAUUUAUAGCGAUGGCUAAA